GUCAACAUGGCGGAUGUAAUGAAGGACUGACAUUUAUCUGAUAACAGCUGAAAAUAAUUUAAUUUCAUCGCUGCAACAUUGCUAUCUGCUCAGCGAAAGCUGCUUCGAAAACAUUUUUCAGUGUUUUAGUUCUCAGUGGAUUGCCUUAACCGCUACUCCUCCGAUAGUGGCAUGUUUUCUGUAGUCACUCACUCGACAAGGCGGGUUGUCACUUGCCGUUCGCAUUUGGGUAUUCAAGGUGUCUAUGCCGCUAGGAAAGCAUGCUAUAGCGAUGGAAUGAAAUUUAACGAAGGACCUUUACAGUUGUACAAGUCACAUUUAGAAAGAAAAGUUCUGAAGCCCGACAACUCACAGCUGAAAGUGGUGUGCAAUCUUCAAAGCCUGUUUGAACGACUCAAAGAUUAUGAUUCCCAAAAGCAAUCAAGUAAUCAACUGCUCACACCUCAAGGACUCUAUCUUUACGGUGGGGUGGGUAGUGGCAAAACAAUGUUAAUGGACAUAUUCUAUGACAGCAUACAAGUUCCAAACAAGAAGCGUGUGCAUUUUUACUCCUUCAUGCUUCAGUUGUAUUCUGCCAUUAAUCGGUGGAACCUUUGUUGUCCAAGUGAUGAGCUAACCUUUGAUACAACUCCAGUGGAGUCCAUUGCCUCUGAGCUGGCUGGAGAGGCUUGGUUGCUCUGCUUUGAUGAAAUGCAGCUGGCAGACUUUGCCUCCACCCGGCUUUUGGAAGGAGUCUUUCGUAAAAUGUUGCAAAAUGGAACAGUUAUAGUAACAACAUCUAACAGAUCUCCUAAUGAACUUGGGGCUUCAUCCUUUGGACGCGAAAGGGAGGCUCUAGAUUCAUUGACGUCGUUAGUCGCUUUACUCACUGAGCGUUGUGAAUUGGUUGCCAUGGAUUCUGAAAAGGAUUACCGAACCAAUCAGAAACGCGGAAAGGACAAUUAUUUCAGUCCUCUGACCAAACACACAGAAAAAGUAUUCGACGAAGCCUUUUGUGAAGCAGUGGGGCGUGGUCGGCGGCUAACAUCGGUUUCGCUUCCCGUGUAUGGUCGGAAGGUCAUCGUCCCCAUCGCUUCGGAAAAUGGCAUUGCUAGGUUCACUUUCAAUGAGCUGUGCAGGUCUCCUCUAGGGCCAGCCGACUAUAUUACGAUCUGCAAUGCUUUUCACACGGUAUUCUUGGAGGACAUACCGCAGAUGAGCAUCUACCAAAAGAACGAAGCUAGGCGCUUUCUUAGUUUUGUCGAUGCAGCUUAUGAAAGUAAAGUGCAACUUUUCUGCACUGCGGCUAGCUCACCUGAUGAGUUGUUUCAAUUGAUCCCCAGCGAUGACCCACUACAAGAAGACAAGAUGCACAUGGAAAUGAUGGGCGAGAUGGCUUAUGAUCUUGAGCUCACCCAGCUCGAACUGAGUUCGCUCGGAAUAUUGACCGGCGAGGAGGAAAUCUUCUCAUUCAAGCGUUGCAUUUCACGUCUGAAGGAAAUGCAAAGCGAGCUGUAUCAGUGUCAGAAACACCGUCUCCAAGCCUUCUCUCCUUAUCUUGGUUCUUUUGAAGAACGUUUGCAAUCGGAAAAUCGUCGCCGGGAGCGCGAACACAAGCGUCGAAUGAAAAUGCUGGAGGCCUCGGGGGAUGGCAGUGAAGCUCUCCGAGAAUUACCACUGACACCUUUGACGACAGGCUCCUCCGACUGGGCAGACGAAGCGAGUUACGUCACUUGGAGCAAUGAUAUCAUGAGGAAAGAACUUCAAGACAUGGAAAGGAAGAGAAGCGGGGAGUUGGUGACGAGGCAAGACGCUCCAAAAUUCAACGAGGAACACUUUUGGGGUUUUGGGUGGUGGGAAAAGGUUAUGGGAAGGAGAAAAACUAAACCAACACAAAACAGCGAUCACACCACUAACCACUCGAAAGACUGAAUCCAAAUUGGUUUUGGACUUAAACGAAUACUUAACUCUCCCCCCCUCCCUCUCCAAGACCACCCCGAACGUUUCUUUACUCGAAUGAAACGACGGCUUGUAAACUAGAUAUUUUAAACUAUUUUCUUACAGACCUCUAGUACUGUACAGUAAAACCCUGAAAUUGAUAUUUCUUAUUCAUAGGGUAAUAUGAAAUUUCAUUAUGUAAUGAUAUGCCGUGGGACUGAAAAACGGUUAAAUGUUCUCUGUUUCCGCUGAGCCACGAAUACUUUGUCCUAAUUUACCAUGUGAAGUAAUCUGGGGGUUUUUAGCAGGUUAAUAUACUGUAACAGGCACCAUCGUACCUUUACAGAGCAGAUGCAACGUUCAUACAAAUUGAACCAAACUCAACCAUUUUAUAUUUUUAACCUCCUCCUUUUUUUUCUCUUCCCCUCUUUUCCCCCCUUCCCCCUUUCUGCGAAUUUUUUUGGGUGACAAUAGUCCCUCACAAGGGAAAACGAAAUACAAAAUGUAAUGCGUUAGUAGAUUUAAUAUUUAAUAGUCUAGGAACUAAAAAAUCCUUACCAGGGUAAACCUUGUGUAGAAUGAUUGUUUAAGGAAAACAAUGAAAAAGUGGAAAUCAGAUCUGAAUGUGACAAGAAGGAAUACACACUCGUUUGGAACCAAUGCCGUGUUACCUUAGGUCGAUCCGUGGCGGAGGCUAUCGGGUCUUCUUCAAAAUCCGGUUCUCAUGAUCUGAACGUUGUGACGACUAA